CCUUUAACACGAGCACGUGGUACACGCAAACAUCCGGUUUUCAGAAAAUGGAAAUAACACUGCAACAAUGUUUUGACACACAGCUUUGACGCGCGGAGGCUUCCUAAACUAUGGAGGUAGGCAGCCUUGUCUCAUGCCGAGAGGACAUUUCUUCGCUGUUUCCUGAGCAAACGCCGGGUGCCAAAUAUAAAGAUUUAAGCAGCCAGUUUUCCUCCGUCAGACAAGUGCGCGGAGAUGGGAACUGCUUCUACAGAGCCCUCUGUUUCGCACACUUGGAGUCUCUUCUGCACAAUGCCAGGGCUUUGCAGAGGUUUAAGGAGAAAAUUGUACAAACCUGUGAAGACUUCUCUUCUGCGGGAUUCGAUGAGAGCUCCUUCAGGCACCACCUGAAUACAGUAGUAAAUGUUGUGGAGCAGUGCCAGGCGGAUGAGCAGGAAGACACGCUGCUCAAGCUCUUCAAUGAGCAGAUGACCUCCGACAGUGUAGUGCAAUAUCUCCGGCUGCUCACUUCAGCUCACCUGCAAAACCAGGCGGACUUCUUCUGCAACUUUGUGGAGGCACCCAAUCUACUGGCCUACUGUCAUCAAGAAGUGGAGGUCAUGGCGAUGGAGUGCGAUCAUGUGGACAUCUUAGCUCUGUCACAAGCCCUGGAUAUCUGCAUCCACAUCGUCUCCAUGGAGGGUGACGAGCAGCAGUUGGCUCAUCAUGUCAUUCCAGAGGGUGCUGAGCCCUCCCUGCACCUCCUCUACCAAACGUCACAUUAUAACAUUCUCUACCCCCGACCACAACGCUGACCAGAGAUCCACUUGGACUCGGCUCAUCUCAGGAA